CCCGUUUUCAAUGUCAUUGUGCAAACAUUCCUUGUUAAAAAUUUGGUGAUCAACUUUCUCGAGGCAAAACUGAUUUAUGCAUCUAGAUUUAGUGUCUAUGUUUUGCUAAAUCUUGUGGACAUGAAGAAAGAAAACAUUGGCUCUUCAAAAGCUGCAGAGCUCCCAGGUCGUUUGACUCGUGCAAGGGCUGCUGCCUUUCGGGCAAAUGGACAGCUGCCACCUCUCAGGGAGCCUACACAACAAAAUCAUAAGCCAUUACGAGCUAACCCAAAAAGAGCAGCUUCUGAUCAGACAUGUCCUCAGCGUAAAAAGAGGGCUGUUCUUCAGGACGUUACCAAUGUUUUCUGUGAAAAUUCAUAUAGGAACUGUUUCAAUGCCACUAAAAUUCAGGCUAAGAAAAGCAAGCUGACUAAAACUGGCCAAGUCAAUAUUUCCAGAGAAGUUCCUUCAGUUUCUGGGAAGCUACCGCAGCUUCAAGUUGACUCACAACCAAAGAGUUUACCUGAAACAGGACUUGUAUCAGAAGAUGCUAAUGCUACCUGUUCAAGUAACUUGGGAGACAAUGCCCUCCAUCAGACAAGUGGCGACAAAGUGUGCCGCACAAAUGAUGGUCUGCUUGGAGGGCAGACCCCUGGAUUAUUUCCUCAGCCACUGAUUUCUCAAACAAAAGCCAAGAGAAUUAGCCUUUCUGAACUUCCAAGCGCAUCAAAGAAUGAAGACUAUCUUGAUAUAGAUGCUGAUCAUGAAGAUCCUCAAUUAUGCAGUGACUAUGCUGUUGAUAUCUACAACAAUUUACGUGUUCUUGAGCUUGCAAGAAGACCUAGCACUAACUUCAUGGAAACAGUUCAGCGAGAUAUCACUCAAAGCAUGCGUGGGAUAUUAGUUGACUGGCUUGUAGAGGUUUCUGAGGAGUACAAAUUGGUUCCAGAUACUCUAUACCUGACUAUAUAUCUCAUAGAUUGGUUUCUUUCCAAAAAUUACAUUGAAAGACAAAGACUUCAGCUGCUUGGCAUCACCUGCAUGCUGAUUUCUUCGAAGCUUGAAGAAAUUUGUCCCCCGCGGAUUGAAGAAUUCUGCUUCAUCACAGACAACACUUACACAAAAGAGGAGGUACUUAAAAUGGAGACUCAAGUGUUUAGGUGUUCGCAGUUCCAAAUGUUUGCUCCCACAACAAAAACUUUCCUCAGGAGGUUUCUUCGAGCGGCGCAAGCUUCUUACAAGUGUCCUAGCCUUGAAUUGGAAUACCUGGCCAACUAUCUUGCUGAGCUAAGCCUGAUGGAUUAUAGUUUCUUGACUUUCCUUCCUUCUCUCGUUGCUGCAUCAGUUGUAUUUCUAGCCAGAUGGACAUUAGAUCAGUCAUAUCACCCUUGGAAUCCAACUCUUGAACACUAUUCAAGGUAUAAGGCAUCAGAUUUAAAAGCCACAAUUGUAGCUUUGCAAGAUCUUCAACUGAAUACCAAAGGCUGCCCUUUAAGUGCCAUUCGGAUGAAGUACAGACAAGACAAGUUCAAAAAUGUGGCCGCUAUGUCUUCGCCGAAACUGCGUGAAACUCUGUUCUGAAGAUAGAGAGUGAUUAACAAGUCAAGACUAAAGGGACUUCUAGUUCUAACAGAUAUGGUAUGGUGUAUACAAAAUAGAAGGAGAGUUGCUCAUUGUGAAUCCAAGGCCCUCAUGUCUCUGUCUCACCUAAUUCCCACCCCCAAACUUCUGUUCAUUGGUCCAUUCUUUUCCUGUACAUUUAAUGGCCAUUUCUUUUUCUGGGGUUCUUGAUAUGUUGUUUGAGGAAGAACCCCAUGAUAAAACAUGUGGCCUCUAAUACUUUUAAACUUGAUGUAAUGAUUUGUUGUUAACAUAAUUGACAAGUGACCUUUGUAGUUUCUUGGAA